AUGUAUAGUGUUUUACAUUUACUCGUCUUUACGAGUCUAGUCGUUAGUACACGACCAAACACAACAACCCUAAAACUUCUACUGCUGUUACCGGAACGGAAAGGUACCUUUUACUACCCAUUUGGAAUGGAGAAAACAGGAGCAGCAGUUUACGUCGCCUUGGAUGAUAUCAACGCCGAGGGCCUCCUGGGAAACAUCACAAUAGAAGUUGAGAGAGUGAACACUAAAUGUAACGACGUGUACGGCUUGGGUGUGACCACUGAUCAUCUGCACGCACACACGUACCACGGUAUUAUUGGUCCUCAAUGCUCGGGAGUGUGUCGACACAUCGGAAGACUAGCUGCCUAUCACAACCUGCCUUGUUUGACAGGCGUCUGUCAAGAUACGGAAAUGCUCAACAAAGACACAUUCAAGACACUGACCAGACUCCUAGGAACUUUUGACAAGGUAGGGCACGCCAUAAGAGGAAUUAUGGUCCAUUUUAAGUGGAAACGGAUUGGAAUUAUUUCUCAGAAACACACGGACAGAAUUUGGAAAUACACACGGGAAGCUGUAGAAGAGGUGGUGACCGGGUCUGGUAUGUUGGUAGCCGUAAGUAAGGAAUACGAUGGUGCCACAAAUGAUAGUCUCCGGUCCAUUCUGGUAGAGGUGACGGCCGUGUCCCGAAUAAUUAUUCUUGCUGUACGGGGCGAGACAUUACGGCAGCUGAUGAUAAUUGCUCAUGAAAUGGGACUUACAUCAGGGACAUGCAUGUUUAUUUCCGUGUAUUAUUAUGCCUCGUCGAGAACGUUUGGCGAUAUAUCCUGGAAACAGAACGACGAAUUCGAUGAUGUAGCAAAGACAGCGUAUACUUCUCUGAUUUUUGUAUCUUACCUGACACCACUGAAUCACCUGUACCGGAAGUUCGAGGACGACGUGAAAUCUAGGUCAAGCACGUUGUUCAACUACACAUAUGAAGCAGAUGAAGGGCUACCCUACCCGGCAGCAAACCUGUAUGAAGCAAUGUACUUGUACGCUCUGGCUGUUAAUACGACUUUAGAAAGAGGAAAUGACGUCACCGACGGACUAGUUCUUACUAAUGCACUUUGGAACAAGACAUUUUCAAGUGUUACAGGCAAUGUCUCACUUAAUGCCAUCGGAGACAGACAACAAGGUUACAAGGUGGAACAAGUAACUUCCGGAACUUCUUUUAGUCUGAAGCAAAUUGGCCAGUACCUGUCCGAAGUUGGUCACUAUGAGGAAGAAACUGGUGUGUCUCCAGUGUGGCCGGGACCAUAUCCACCUUCAGAUAGCCCAGUAUGUGGCUACAGUGGAGAACAUUGUAAAGGUUUGACAGAGGCAGAUAUCAUCCGUAUCCUGAUUUUUACAUUUGUUUGCAUCAUUUUGUUGGUUGUGCUACUCAGCUUUAUUAUUCAGCAACUAUAUGUAAGAAAAGUAAAGAAUAAAUUAAAAGAACAGUUUUGGAGAGUACAUAAGGAUGAGAUCACCUUUAAUACAACGUCACUUUUUGCUUUCUCUACGGGAUCGACGGUCAUGAUUAAAAGUUUUGACGAUGUCAUACCCGACCUAAGGACGGAUGUGAAAGAAUUCCAGAAGUUGAGAGAACUAGAUCACAGGAAUGUGGCCAAGGUACUGGGUUUCUGCAUAGACACCGCCCACUUUUAUAUACUGACGGAGUACGCAUCUAAAGGUAGUUUAAUGGAUAUCCUGGAGAACGAAGAUAUUAACUUGGACUGGGAUUUCAAGUACUGUUUGAUUUGGGACAUUUUACGGGGACUUGAAUACAUUUUCCAUGGUAGCAUUAAGUAUCACGGAAACCUGAAGAGUUCAAACUGCGUUGUUGAUGGUCGCUUUGUCCUCAAACUCACGGAUAUAGGACCACGGCGUUGGAUUAACUCAAAACGGAAGUGUCCAAGAGAUUUGCUUUGGACUUCUCCUGAAAUACUGAAAUAUCAAGGACCACUUCCCGCUUCGAUGGGUCAACCUGGAGACAUCUACUCUCUUGGUAUCAUGAUGCACGAGAUCUUACAACGGAACGGACCUUUCGGUGUUGAACUAGGAGGAAUCACGCCGGAAAAUAUUAUUGAAUCUGUGGUUAACCACAAGUCAGAUGUAGCUUUCCGACCGGUGUUCGAACUGAACUCGUGCCCAAAUUACCUCGUGACUUUAAUCCAAUCGUGCUGGGAUGAAAAGCCCCAUUAUCGCCCCGUGCUAAAGGAUGUCAUAAAGCGUCUUAACGAAGUUACACAAAAUAAGUAAGACAACUUUUUCGAUAAUCUCCUGAAGCGGAUGGAGCAGUACGCAAACAAUUUGGAGGAUAUCGUGGGACAACGAACAGAUCAAUACUUACAAGAAAAACAGAAAGCUGAAAAUCUUCUCUAUCAACUGUUACCAAAAUCCAUAGCGACUCAAAUCCAGUUGACGGGUACGGUGGAGCCGGAGCAUUUCGACUCCGUGACCAUCAUGUUUUCCGAUAUCGUGCACUUCACCUCUUUGUCUGCGGAAUCUACUCCGAUGGAGAUUGUUCAGAUGUUGAACGAAUUAUAUUUGGCCUUUGACGACACCAUUGAUGAGUUCGAUGUAUAUAAAGUGGAGACAAUUGGUGACGCUUACAUGUGUGUGUCCGGGCUGCCACAAAGAAACACCUAUCACUUUAAAGAGAUGGCAAAGUUGUCGGCGUCUAUAAUGAAACUAGCCGACUCCUUUGUGAUCAGACAUCGACCAGAUAUGUGCCUUCAACUCAGAGUAGGCAUCCAUUCAGGGUCUUGUGUAGCUGGUGUGAUCGGACAAAAAAUGCCUCGAUAUUGCUUAUUUGGAGACACAGUCAACACGGCCUCAAGGAUGGAAAGCACGAGCGAAGCUUGCGCGAUCCAAGUCAGCAACAUCACAGCAAAUUUGCUCAUGGAUGAUCCCUCAAUGAUUCUUACAGAGCGUGGACAAAUGGAGAUAAAGGGGAAAGGACAAAUGACAACCUACUUCCUGGAUUGGAGACAGACAGAACCAUGCAAGCUAGCGAAAUCUAAGUCUGACUAA